GUUUAAUGUAGAACAUGAUAGUAGACGGUAUACUGUUUAAUGUAGAACAUGAUAGUAGACGGUGGUAUACUGUUUAAUGUAGAACAUGAUAGUAGAUGGUAUACUGUUUAAUGUAGAACAUGAUAGUAGACGGUAUACUGUUUAAUGUAGAACAUGAUAGUAGACGGUAUACUGUUUAAUAUAGAACAUGAUAGUAGACGGUAUACUGUUUAAUGUAGAACAUGAUAGUAGACGGUAUACUGUUUAAUGUAGAACAUGAUAGUAGACGGUAUACUGUUUAAUGUAGAACAUGAUAGUAGAUGGUAUACUGUUUAAUGUAGAACAUGAUAGUAGACGGUAUACUGUUUAAUGUAGAACAUGAUAGUAGACGGUAUACUGUUUAAUGUAGAACAUGAUAGUAGACGGUAUACUGUUUAAUGUAGAACAUGAUAGUAGAUGGUAUACUGUUUAAUGUAGAACAUGAUAGUAGACGGUAUACUGUUUAAUGUAGAACAUGAUAGUAGACGGUAUACUGUUUAAUGUAGAACAUGAUAGUAGAUGGUAUGCUGUUUAAUAUAGAGCAUGAUAGUAGACGGUAUACUGUUUAAUGUAGAACAUGAUAGUAGACGGUAUACUGUUUAAUGUAGAACAUGAUAGUAGACGGUAUACUGUUUAAUGUAGAACAUGAUAGUAGACGGUAUACUGUUUAAUGUAGAACAUGAUAGUAGAUGGUAUACUGUUUAAUGUAGAACAUGAUAGUAGACGGUAUACUGUUUAAUGUAGAACAUGAUAGUAGACGGUAUACUGUUUAAUGUAGAACAUGAUAGUAGACGGUAUACUGUUUAAUGUAGAACAUGAUAGUAGACGGUAUACUGUUUAAUGUAGAACAUGAUAGUAGACGGUAUACUGUUUAAUAUAGAGCAUGAUAGUAGACGGUAUACUGUUUAAUGUAGAACAUGAUAGUAGACGGUAUACUGUUUAAUGUAGAACAUGAUAGUAGACGGUGGUAUACUGUUUGAUGUAGAACAUGAUAGUAGACGGUAUACUGUUUAAUGUAGAACAUGAUAGUAGACGGUAUACUGUUUAAUGUAGAACAUGAUAGUAGACGGUGGUAUACUGUUUAAUGUAGAACAUGAUAGUAGAUGGUAUACUGUUUAAUGUAGAACAUGAUAGUAGACGGUAUACUGUUUAAUGUAGAACAUGAUAGUAGACGGUAUACUGUUUAAUAUAGAACAUGAUAGUAGACGGUAUACUGUUUAAUGUAGAACAUGAUAGUAGACGGUAUACUGUUUAAUGUAGAACACAGCCAGGGGUUCUAUUAGUGACCAUGAGGAUUUGAUGAGUUACUCUGAUCAAAAUGUGACGUCACAUAUGAAAAAAGUAUAUCUGAUGUGAUUAUGUUAAUUUUACCCAGUCACUGAUUGUUCUCAGCCACUGAUUGUUCUCUUAACCAAAUAUUUAUCCACCAACCUGUAUUUGUUACUGAUAAAUCAUUGUUUUGUUAAGGGGCCCAGAGUUAUAUAUGUUCAGGACAAACUCCAGUCCCUACACAAAAAUGACUGACACUGCAUUCAUUGUGCACCUCUCCCAUGACUGGAAUGUUUAUGGGACAAUGUCUGCAUCCCAAACAGAACCCUACUUCCUUUGUAGUGCACUAUAUAGGGAAUGGUCUGCCAUUUGAGACUGCCAUUCUGUUGAACCUUUUGUUCUGGGCUGCCUUUGAAUAAGUUACUGUACCUGUUGACCUUUGAUCUAUGAAGUGUCUGUCUGUGAAUAAAGGUAACUGUCACCCUGUGAGCCUUUAAUGUCCUGUUUCUCAGAUCAUCCACAUUAACACACACUCAAUGACAACAAACACAAACAACGGAGUAAAACAAUCACGUUCUGGGACAGUUGUACUAAGACUGCAUUUAUAAAUGAUAUUCUUCAAGAGAAGAGAAUAUAUCAUUCAGUGAAUGACCAUUGUACAGCAGCAAAUAUAGCAGAUUGUACCUUAACAAGAUGGCACCUUAUAAGCUACAGUAAGGCGUUGUUCAGUAGAUUUGGUGACCAGAGAAAGACAUACAGACAUAGAGACAUGACAGUUGUAUUUGUACUAUGUGGAUACAAACCAACACACCUGUGACUUCCAGGUGUGCUCAAGUACUCUAUGAAAUGGGAUUCAAACGAGGAAGCUCAGCAGAACGAGCAUUGCAGUGUCACAUAGAAACACACAGUGACGUUGCAAAUGUGGUCCAGGUCAAGAGGCAGUGUUGGUUACUACACACUGUUUUACUAGACAACAGAGCAGCGGUUCUAUCCUAGGGUUGUAUAGGGUUCUAUCGCGGUCAUUGUUGUUACCAUCUUGAUCCUAGGGUUGUAUAGUGUUUUAUUAGGUACUUCCAGGUCAGACGGUCCAACAGACCAACAACAAAUACAGACGGAACGUCUCCGUUACCUUAUAUGGUACACAAUAACAUGUUUUAUAUCAGAGAUUUAUGGAAGCAGCACAAGGUGUUCCUCAAUCCUCUGUCCUGUGACUGUUUGGAAACCUUCAGACCUGUUUGUCCAUAAUAAAGAGGGAUCAGCUGUUCUCUCAGAACAUACCAUUCAUUCCCCAGUCCACCGUGGAUUCGAUCUGAUCGGGAUCUGAACUUGAAGAAUGAGAGAAGGGAUUGACAACCUUGUGUUCCAGUUUAUCAGUGUCUGGGUUCGGGAUCCUCGGAUUCAGAAGAAGGACUUCUGGCAUGCCCACAUGGACUAUGAAAUCUGUAUACAUACCAACAGUCUCUGCUUCACCAAGAAGAUCUCCUGUGUGAGGAGAAGGUACCGUGACUUCGUAUGGCUCCGGCAGAAACUGCAGGCUAACUCCCUACUCAUGGUCCAGCUGCCUGAACUACCACCUAAGAACCCUUUCUUUAACCUGAACAACGCCCAGCAGAUCACAGAGAGGAUGAAGGGCCUCCAGAAGUUCCUUCAACUGACCCUGGAGAGUAAUCUGCUUCUGUCAGACAGCUGUCUGCACCUCUUCCUGCAGUCGGAGCUGGGGGUGUCCCAGAUAGAGGCCUGCGCCUCAGGUAGAACCCAUUACUCUGUGUCCCAGGCCGUGCUGCGCUGCGGCUGCAAACUGCAACGCUUCCACUCCCAGGAGGACCUGUUAGAGACCAGCCGCAAGGAGUCCUGUGACUCCGACUCUGUUAGUGGAUUUGUAGAGCCGGCGCCCAGCAGUAAAGAUGGAGCUGCUUCCUCACCCACAGAGACCCUAGAUCUGUCUCUACGUGAUAGGACCAGACCUAACCACAACCAGGAAGAGACCCUAGCUCUGUCUCUACCUGAUAGGACCAGACCUAACCACAACCAGGAAGAGACCCUAGCUCUGUCUCUACCUGAUAGGACCAGACCUAACCACAACCAGGAAGAGACCCUAGCUCUAUCUCUACCUGAUAGGACCAGACCUAACCACAACCAGGAAGAGACCCUAGCUCUGUCUCUACCUGAUAGGACCAGACCUAACCCCAACCAGGAAGAGACCCUAGCUCUGUCUCUACCUGAUAGGACCAGACCUAACCCCGACCAGGAAGAGACCCUAGCUCUGUCUCUACCUGAUAGGACCAGACCUAACCCCGACCAGGAAGAGACCCUAGAUCUGUCUCUACCUGAUAGGACCAGACCUAACCCCGACCAGGAAGAGACCCUAGCUCUGUCUCUACCUGAUAGGAUCAGACCUAACCCCGACCAGGAAGAGACCCUAGCUCUGUCUCUACCUGAUAGGACCAGACCUAACCCCAACCAGGAAGAGACCCUAGCUCUGUCUCUACCUGAUAGGACCAGACCUAACCCCGACCAGGAAGAAGACACUCUCAGCAUGUCUGUCUCUCCAUGGGAACAUCACAUCCAACCAGGACAUGGUAACUUACAAUAUUCUGCAUCCCAAAUGUCACCCGAUAGUGCACUACUUUGGACCAGAGCCCUAUGUAGGGAAUAGGGUGCUAUUUUGGACACUGUGUUUGCUCUCAUUUCAUCUUAAAAUAAUGUUCCCCUCCCACACAGCUAUUAAAAUAAGGCUUCCACACAGCUUUUAAAAUAAGGCUUCCACACAGCUUUUAAAAUAAGGCUCCCACACAGCUUUU